AUGAAUGUCAAGGACGAAUUCUGCUCUGCCUUGAUGAGAAGAGCUAAUGAUUUCAUCAAAUUUCCUAAGGCUGAGGCCGAAACAAGGCAAGCAAUACAGAAAUUUCAAGACAUCAGUCACUUCCCUCAUGUAAUAGGAGCACUUGAUGGGUCUCGUAUACCGAUUAAAGCCCCGAAUGAAGAACCAAACGAGUACGUAAAUCGAAAAAGCUUUCAUAGCAUUGUUUUGCAAGGUGUUGCUGAUGCUAAUAGAAAGUUCUUGCACACCAGAGCCCUGACCGACUGGCAGAGAGAUUUUAAUAAAUCCCUGAGCAGUGCAAGGGUAGUUGUUAAGCAGGUAUUUGGACUGUUAAAAGAGAGGUGGCGGUGUCUACUGGAUAAGCUGGAUGAAUCAGUGGACAAAGUACCCUCUACAAUUAUUACCUGCUGUAUUCUACACAACAUAUGCCUAGAGGUCAAUGAUGGUACCGAAAUUGAUGUCGCCAAUGAUGAGGACGGGUUUCUCGGAGUUCCCCUCUCAGGCCAUGAUAUUAAUGCGGAUGGUGCAAGACUAAGGAACACUAUAAAAGACAAUUUGUACUGA